AUGUUUGAGCGUAUAAGGACAAGGAUGUUCUGCUUAUCUGAAAGUUAUUUUAAAAGCAAACCAUGAGUUGCCGUACCGAGGGGUACGUAGAUGGCGACUACAACUGCGCAUGCGUGGUUCCGAUUCACGCCAAGCAGGAACUCCGUUUCAGUGUACUCUGCAUUCUUCUCUGAGCAGAGGGGUUUCUGAAGAAGAAAAAAAGCCCGAGGCGAAGCAUCGUAAAUGGCGUCUCCUCUAAAAGUUUGCAUUGUUGGCUCUGGGAACUGGGGCUCAGCCAUUGCCAGAAUCAUCGGAAAUAAUGUCAAGUCUAUCCAGCGGUUUGCCACUACAGUGAACAUGUGGGUGUACGAAGAAAACAUUGAUGGCAGAAAUCUCACUGACAUUAUCAACACUGAACACGAAAACGUCAAGUACCUGCCUGGAUAUAAACUGCCAGAGAAUGUGGUGGCCAUUCCAAAGCUGCGUGAUGCUGCAGAGGGAGCAGACCUGCUGGUGUUCGUGGUCCCUCACCAGUUCAUCAGAAAACUCUGUGAUGAGAUGGUGGGCUGUGUCUCGAACAAAGCUAGAGGAAUCUCACUCAUCAAGGGUGUAGACGAGGGUCCGGAGGGUCUAAAGCUCAUCUCUGACAUCAUUCGAGAAAGAAUGGGCAUUGACAUGAGCGUUCUCAUGGGAGCAAACAUUGCCAACGAAGUGGCCGCUGAGAAGUUUUGUGAAACCACUAUUGGAAGUAAGAUCCUGGAGAAUGGCCUUCUGUUCAAGGACCUGCUCCAGACUCCUAACUUCAGGAUCACAGUGGUGGAUGAUGCUGAUACGGUGGAGCUGUGUGGAGCUCUAAAGAACAUCGUCGCUGUAGGAGCUGGGUUCUGUGACGGGCUGCAGUGCGGCGACAACACCAAAGCAGCUGUGAUCCGUCUGGGCUUGAUGGAAAUGAUAGCAUUUGCCAAACUCUUCUCCAAGGACAACUCUGUUCAAACUGCAACCUUCCUGGAGAGCUGUGGCUUGGCUGACCUCAUCACUACCUGCUAUGGAGGCCGCAAUCGACGAGUGGCAGAGGCUUUUGUCAAAACAGGAAAGAGCAUCGAGGAGCUGGAGAAUGAGAUGCUGAAUGGUCAGAAGCUCCAGGGUCCUGCCACCUCAGCUGAGGUGCAUCGCAUCCUCAAACAGAAGAACUUGGUGGACAAGUUCCCACUCUUCACUGCCGUCUAUCAGAUCUGUUUCGAGGGCAGGCCAAUCAAUGAGAUGAUCUCCUGCCUGCAGAGCCACCCGGAGCACAUGUAAUUACCUAGUGUAUCCCACAGGGGGCAACAGAACACAUGUAAUGUGUUUAUCCCAACGUGCAAAUUUCAGGUGUCCACUUCAAUUAGAAGCCAGAAACUAAAAAAACUUCCGUCUGUCUCUCACUUCCUGUCAUACAUGAACGACUUGUUGUUCAGGUGUGAACAGAUGUUCCAAAUUUGUAAAGCUUAUUCUGUCCUGCUAAAACUACACAUUACUGCAGGUUUACACACACAUCCAUCAAAUCUUCCCCAUAAUUCUAGAAUUUCAAAAAUUGGAGGUUCAUGUGUUGUUUCCUCAAAAGGUUGAUGACAAAUUGCCAGAUAUGUUUCAGAUCAGUAUAACCACGAACACUCCGGUAAAUUGAACAUUUCAGUUUUUGUCUUUUUUUGUGCAUUACAUUUUCUCCUUAAGGACUCAUAUUCAGUAACAACAUCUGUCAUUUUCACACUAUUUAAAUAGUAAAAAUAUAUAUCGUACAGAAGCGUGUUUUUACUUGUUAUGUAAUCAUCUUUUUUUAACAACUGUGGCUCAAAUAUAAUUGUUUUUAAAUUUCCUAUCAAGCUUUAUUUGUUUUUUUUUUAUUAAAGGGAAUCAUCUCAGGACCAGCAACAACACAGAAUGUUUCUAAAGCUGCAGUGCCUAAUAUUUCAUGUUUCUUCCACUGUUGAGUUGAAUGAAUCAUUUUGCCUUUUUCUUUUAUAUCAGGCGCUCCAUCAGAUAAGACUGGGAGUGUGUUUAAUUUUGUGCAAAAUUGAAGCGCAGAAGGACUGCUAAACUUUUUUUUGUAGUUGAAUCAGUUUAAUUUUUGAUGCCACUUUUUUCAUGUUUUCAGCUAUUCAUUAACAUUUUACAGCUGUGUAGCUUUUCAACUGCUGAGUGUCAGUUGUGCUUCCUCCCAAACUCAGUCGGCCUUUGCGUAAAUAAUGUACUCACUCCAUGUGCACAGCUGGCGCGUAUUGUUAAUUUACAUACUGUAUCUUGUGACCCUGCUACGCAGAGAGACACGACAUGUAAACUAAUGUGAAUUAAGUUUGGAAAUACUCAGCAGUGUGGAGGUUUAACACUGCAACCUCGUCCAUUUUUAAAAUUUAAUUUAACCAGCAGCGUUUACUGGGCACAGAAAUCAAACUAAUGCCACAUCACUAGAGGAAAGAUACUUCUUUAUCUGUUUUAUUUUUAUUACUAAUUCAUGUUGAUCUAAUGGGGACUUUGUUCUACACCAGAUGAUCAUGAGAGUUCCUAAUACUACAGGUUUGAUCGUCUACCAACUAACAGUCCAGGGUUUAAGUCUCCAUCAUAUGGUACUCAUCCCGUUUCUGUAUUUGUUUUAAUAGGGCACUGACACUAACGUUUCUGUGUGCACCCCCUGUUGUUCUGUCAUUUGUUAUCAGUUUUUGCGCAACUGGAACUGCAACGUUUACAGCCAUACAACCGUCCAUCGAAUGUCACAUGAUGUGAUCGUGCCACAAUCUACCUACAGUAGCUGAGGACAGUGAUGCACAGGCAGUAAUGUUUGCUUAGUGGUGCAAAUUCAAACGUCUGGAUACCUUUUAUAAUUACAUUCAAAAUCUAGAAAAUGUUUUGUUUAAUAUGUUUUUCCUUUUGUGACAGAUUAUGUUUAUGGUGUAUAGUCGUGUAUUGACUUUUAUACCAACAAGUCUUAUGUACUGUGUAAGCUAAAUAAUCUUGAACUACACACACAAUACUUGGGUUUCACUGGAGGAGCAUGGAGGGUCCUCUAUUUGCAGUUGCAUUAUCAGUCAACAAAACCUCUUUGCUUAGUAAUCUUUUAUUUUGUGUUUAAUGAGAGGGCACACACUUUUGGUUGUUAUGACCAUUACUUUGAAUUGGAGCAUACAUUCUGGAUCUGUGACAUUGUUUAUUGGGAAAAUGUCCAUUUUAAACGCAAAGCACUCUUCUUUGAGGUCUCUGAGUCCUCACAUUGGGAGACAAAAACAGAAGAUUUAGUUUAACACUGAUCUAGUUGCUUUCACAGUGUAAUGACAUUUUAGCAUGUAAAAAUACUCUGAUCUGAUCUUUGUUUUACAUCAGUUGUGCUCUAUUUAACCUAAAAAAAUAUGAAAAAAGCUUUGUGUUUAAAACAGACAUUUUUGCAUUUUUUCAAAAAACAACUCUUAUCUCAGGCAGCAUGUCACUGCCUCUACAUCUUAUUCGAGCACCGACUCAAGUUCAGCAGCAAAGGACAACGGACAAUUUGUUGCAAAUUAGGCAAAGAAAAUAAGGAUGUUUAUUAUAUUUGAAUAUUGUGAGCACUUUGUCUUCAAUUGUUUUUAGUGACACUCAGGUUAACACAGAAGUGUUUUAUCAAAUCAAACAGAUCUGACCAUUCAAAUAAAUAAAGUUUACAAUCCCACAUUAAAA